AUGGAGCACCAAACGGCCAGCUAUGGUGGAGCCUCAAGAUUGAACCAGGCUCAAGGUCAGAAUCAAAUGGAAGCUUUUCUUCCAAGAUCCUAUCAUGUAUCAUUUACACACUCACUAUCAAUAAAACUCGAUGAACACAACUUCUUUUCGUGGAAACAUCAAGUUCUUGCCUCGAUUAAAGGAAGCAAACUUCAUAAAUUCCUGGACUCAACUCAAGCUCCCACACAGUAUCUCACUGUUGAUGAUGAAGCUCAAGACAAAGUCAAUCCAGAAUUUGAAGAUUGGGAACAGCAUGACAAUAUUCUUAUGUCUUGGCUUUUAUCGUCCAUGUCUGAGGAAACAACAAAUCUCAUGGUAGGAUGUGUCACCACAACUCGGAUCUGGACCACCUUGAAGGAAAACUACACAGCUCUUAAUGCUGCGAACAUCAGUCUGUAUAAGACUCACCUCAGAAACACCAAAAUGACAGUUUCCUUAAACGAUUAUAUGUUAAAGAUCAAAGGUUUGGUUGAUCUUCUUGCCACAAUUGGUCACAAACAAUCUCAUCAAGAUAACAUCGAGGCCAUUUUCAAUGGUCUCCUUGCGGAAUACGAUGUGUUUGUGACUUCUGUUACUACCAGGAAAGAUGCAUACACCGUACCAGAAAUGGAGGCUCUACUAAUGGCUCAAUCCGCUCGCAUAGACAAGAAUGCUAAAGCUUUGGACAUCAGCAAAAGUGAGGCGAAUCUUGCUCACAUCAGACCAUCCCAAUUUGGUUUGACAAACACAUUCACAAGCCCUGAAUCUUUCAAUCAAAUGUCAAUUGCUGCCAAUUUUGUUAAAAUGCAAGCCUAUGUUGCCACUUCAAAAAUUGUUGCAGAUGACAGUUGGUAUCCAGACACAGGAGCAACUCAUCACCUAACACCUGAUGCAUCCAAUCUUGCCUCCACCAGCACCUAUACUGGUCCUGAACAAGUUUUCAUGGGAAAUGGCACUGAUCUCAACAUUGACAACAUAGGGUACCAAUAA